AUGCCUUUCACACCUCCAACAUGGGUGCCCCAGCUUCCCUAUGAUCCACCAGACUCCAUCUCCGUCUCCCAGUUCAUGCUGGACGAUAUCUACGAGCGACACCCCCUCGGCUACUCCAAUAACCCCUUCACCUGUGGCCUGACAGGCAAGACGUAUAGCAGUCUCGAUGUCAGGGAUCGCGUCGACUACCUCGCACGAGGACUGGCCAAAGAGCUCGGCUUCGAGCCAAACAAGGGCUCUGAAUGGGAUAAGGUCAUUGCGGUCUUCUCGGUGAAUACGUUGGACACACUGCCGCUGGCAUGGGCGACGCAUCGCCUCGGAGGCCUACAAACCCCUGCCAAUGCUGCGUACAGCGCCGCCGAACUCGAAUAUCAGCUCAAGAAUUCUGGCGCAAAGGCUCUCUUCACAUGCGUUCCACUUCUGCAGACCGCUCGUGAGGCCGCCAAGAACAGCGGGAUUCCAGAAAACCGCAUCUACAUCCUCGAAGUCCCUGAGCAGCUUGGUGGAAAGAUACCCAGCGGUAUGAAAACUGUCGAUGACUUCAUCCGUCAAGGCGAAAAGCUGGAUCGUCUGGAACCAUUGAAUUGGCAGCAGGGCGAUGGCGCCAAGAGAGCGGCAUUCCUUUGCUACUCCAGCGGCACUUCUGGGCUCCCCAAGGGUGUCAUGAUCUCGCACCGCAAUGUCAUUGCCAACACCAUGCAGAUCAAGGCCUUCGAGAAGCCAUACAGAGAUGGCAUUAUCAAAGACCCGCGCAACCAGUCCGACUACACUGAAAAUGUUCUUGGUCUCUUACCCAUGUCCCACAUCUAUGGUCUUGUCGUGAUCUGCCACGCCAGCGUCUACCGCGGUGACGGUGUAAUUGUUCUACCCAAGUUCGAGUUUGCAAGCACGCUACAAGCUAUUCAAGACUACAAGAUCACCACAUUGUUUUUAGUCCCGCCAAUCAUUAUCUUGAUGACAAAGAAUAAGUCCAUGCUCGAAAAGUACGAUCUCAGCUCCGUGUGGUCGCUCUUCACCGGCGCAGCACCUCUAGGUCAAGAGACAGCCGAAGACAUGCAGAAGAUCUUCCCAUCUUGGAAAAUUCGACAAGGCUACGGACUCACCGAGACAUGCACCGUCGUAUGCUCAACCUCGCCUGAUGACAUCUGGUUUGGAUCUUCUGGUUCGCUGCUUCCAGGUCUCCAAGUCAAGCUCAUCACCCCGGAGGGCAAAGAGAUCACUGGUUACGAUGAGCCUGGCGAGUUAUGCGUCAAGGGCCCUGCCGUUGUACUCGGUUACCUUAACAAUGACAAAGCGAACGCAGAAACGUUUAUAGAUGGGUACAUGCACACUGGUGAUGAAGCCGUCGUCAGAAAAUCGCCAGCUGGCAAUGAGCACAUCUUCAUAACCGAUAGGAUAAAAGAGUUGAUCAAGGUCCAGGGACACCAAGUUGCCCCCGCUGAACUCGAAGCACACCUUCUCACCCACCCAGCCGUGAACGACUGCGCCGUGAUCCAAAUUCCUAACGAGAAAACCGGCGAAGUACCCAAAGCCUUCGUUGUCAAGGCACCCGGUGUGGGGCUGGAGGAAAGCGAUCGUCUUCUUGCGCGUAGUAUCCAGAAAUAUGUUGAAAAACACAAGGCAAGAUACAAGUGGAUCUCUGGUGGCGUCGAGUUCAUUGACGAAAUUCCCAAGUCACCCUCGGGUAAGAUUUUGAGACGGCUGCUGAGAGAUAAAGAGAAGGAGAAGAGGAGAAAGGCCGGUAGCAAGCUGUAG